UUGAGCGGGAAACCAUCUGUCAGUUUGUUUAUCUCUUCACAGCUCUUUGUGUAUUGUAGAGAAAACAUAUGAGUGUUUUAUAUCGAAUCAAUAUCAAAUUAUAACAUUGAACCCAAAAAUAAUUGAAGUAAAAUAUUAGAUAAUGGCUUUUAAUGAGGAUCACCUUCCCGAUUUAUUGCCUCUUUAUUAUAAACGACUUUUUCCACAUCAGUUAUUCCAUCAAUGGUUAAGUUAUGGUGAUAAUCAGCUAUUUUCAAAAAGAGAAGUAUCAUUCACAUUAUUUGGAGAUAUAUACAUACGAUUCCAGUCCUUCGAUACAUAUGAACAAUUUGUUCAAGAGAUACAUAAAAAAUUGCCAGUUAAAAUUGAUAUUGGAGCUAUAUACCUUCAACGACCCAAAGACAAACUAACAUGUAGAACAUUAAUACCUGUUCAAAAGGAAAUGGUUUUUGAUAUCGAUAUGACUGAUUAUGAUGAUGUUCGGAUAUGCUGCUCAGGAGCAGAAGUAUGUAAUAAAUGCUGGAAAUUUAUGGUUAUUGCAUGUAAAAUUAUAGAUGCUACAUUGAGAGAAGAUUUUGGGUUUAAAAAUAUUUUGUGGGUAUUUUCUGGAAGAAGAGGUAUACAUUGUUGGGUUGCUGAUUUCAAUGUGAGACAUUUUGGUGAUGAUGUGAGAAGUUCAGUAGCUGAGUAUAUCCAAGUACUUAAGGGUGGUUUAACAUCAAAGAAAGUGCAAUUACCAGGAGACAAAAUUCAUCAUUCAAUUGUGAGAUCUCUUUCUGUUAUUGAUAAAUAUUUUCAUGAAUCUUUGGUUAUAAAUCAAGAUAUAUUGGGAAAAGAAAGAUUGGACAAAUUUCUGAAUAUUAUAGACCAAGAUCUGAGGGGUACAUUCAAAGAUGCAUUGGAAAAAUUUGAUACAUCAGAGGAAAGAUGGAAAGCAUUUGAAACCCACUUUGCUGAUCUUUCAAGGAAGGGUCAAAUUCCUAGAAAUUUAAGAAAUUUAAAGGAGGAAAUAAAGUUACAGUAUUGUUAUCCAAGGUUGGAUAUCCAUGUGUCCAAAGCAAUGAACCAUUUACUGAAGGCACCAUUUUGUGUGCAUCCAAAAAGUGGAAAAAUAUCAGUCCCUUUUAAUCCACGUUUUGUGGAUAGCUUUGACCCCGACAAAGUACCUACAAUCACGCUGCUCGAUCAAGAAAUCAAUGAAUAUGAUGCUAAAACCAAAACAAUGUCUGAAGGUGUUGAAGAUGGUCCAAUGAAAAUAAAAGAUUACAAAAAAACUAGUUUAUUGAAAUCUGUUGUUAUUUUUGAGCAAUUUAUAAGGUCCUUGGAGAGAGAUAUCAGAAGUAGAGAGAAUACCGAUAUAAUGGAAGUGAUGUAAUGUGAGGAAUAAAUCCAAGUUUUAAUGGAUACUAUCAUUUGAGUAAUUCAUUUCAAUAUUAUAGAACAAGGCAAAUAUUGCAGGAAAGUGUUCAUAUUGAGCUUUUAUGUAUAUAGACAGGCAAUAAAAAUUCAAUAUUUCUAA